AAAGGUAACAGCAACAAUAACAGUAACAAUAACGAUAACAAUAACAAUUAGAUAAGUAUGCGCAUACGGUAUAGAGGAUGAAGGAUGUAUGGGAAAAACGUUGGAUAAUCUACAAAUUUAUUCUUCUAUUUUUCACCAUCAUAGCUAUUGAUCAAACAUUCAGAUCCAGAAUACUGAUAGGCCCUGAAGAAGUCCUACAAACUAUAACCAUUAGUCGUGCUCCAGCCAAAAUGAAGAAACUGGAUUUGUUUGAGAAAGCAGAAUAUAUUCAUGAUUACUGUAAUUCUACCAAUAUUAAACCAACCAAUCAGACAAAUGAUAUAUUCUACUAUCUCAAGUCGCCAAAGGUUGGUGUUAAAAACCUUUUAAUAUGCCUACCAGCUAGGAUGGGAACUAAACCAGUUUUAGAAACAUUAAACACCGCAUAUCAAACUAGUUGUCAUAAGAAUAAAACUGAAUGUCAGAAAACAGUGCCAGACUCUAACACACUAAAAAUAAUGUUUACAAGACAUCCGUUGGAUAGAUUAAUAAUAGGAUUUCGACAACAUAAGCAAAACUCCAGUUCUUCCAUUUCAAACCACAAUCGUAAACUACUGUUUACUAGACCCAGGAAUCAGAGUAAGUUCAAAUAUUCAAAUAAACAUUUCAUUCGCUAUAGACUUACUAGUUUGGAAUUGUUUUUCUCUAAUAGAAACCCUUUGAUUACGGCUGGACAAGUCUUCUUCUUUUUAACAACUUUAUUCAAUACCAAAAUAAAUCAACCAUAGAAGAUCUUAUUCGCA